AUGGGCUCCAACAAACCGCGUGGAUUGCAGGCAGCGCGCAAGCUCCGUAACGGCCGUCGCGAGAACCGCUGGGCGGACAAGUCGUACAAGAAGCGUGCGCUCGGCAACUUCUACAAGACCUCCCCCACCGGUGGAUCCUCCCACGCUAAGGGCAUCGUCCUCGAGAAGGUCGGCGUCGAGGCAAAGCAGCCAAACUCUGCCAUCCGCAAGUGCGUCCGCGUGCAGCUCAUCAAGAACGGAAAGAAGGUCACCGCCUUCGUCCCCAAUGACGGCUGCUUGAACUUUGUCGACGAGAACGACGAGGUCCUGAUCUCCGGUUUCGGUCGCCGCGGUAAGGCAAAGGGUGAUAUUCCCGGUGUCCGCUUCAAGAUCGUCAAGGUCUCUGGUGUCGGUCUCCUCGCUCUCUGGAAGGAGAAGAAGGAGAAGCCCCGUUCAUAA